CCUAUGAUGCAUUUUACUCGAAAAAAAAUUAGGCCAGCCUCCCGCACCACCCUAUCUCCUCGAUGCCAUCUCCACCUCCAGCCCACCGCCACCUCCUGCCCCGCCCCACCUCACCGUGUGCCGGCGGCCGCAGCCGCGCGCAGCGCGCCGCCACCUACUGCCCCGCGCCACCUCACCGCGCCCCGCCCGUGCCCGCCGCCGCUACCUCCUGCCCCGCCCCGCCCUGCGCCCCCUAACGCCGCCACCUCCAACCCCGCCCCGCCGCGCGCCGCCCCUCUUCUCCAUCUUUUCCCUCGCCAUCUCCCUCCUCCCUCCCUGUUCCGCCCCCACCCCUACUCCCCGCAGGCUCAACCAUGGUGGUCAACACGGGGACAUGAGCGUGCACGGGUGGCGUCCGUGGACGAGGCAAACCAUCGUUUAGCAACAAACAUGCAGAGGCGGCUUAUUGGACGUGCAACUGACAUUCACAUUAGGCCCCUGAAUGAAGAGAAAGCUAUUCAAGCUGCUACAGAUCUUCUUGGUGAACUGUUCAUUUUCUUGGUUGCUUGUGCUGCAAUAAUCUUUGAGGUUCAUAGAAGUGGCAAGUCAGAAGCCAGAAAAGAAGAGGCCCGUAAUAAGGCACUGGAGGAAAUAAAGGAGAAGAUGGAGGAGCUCAAGAGGGAAAAGCAGAUGAUGAAGCUGAGAGUGGCCGAGGUGGAGCGGGUAACCGGGGCAGGGGGAGGGUGGCCGUGGGUUCUUCCAAGGGCCUUCACUUCCAGCGCUGCCCAGGCAGAGCCAGAGCCAGAGCCAGCAGCUCAGCAGCCCACGGCUGCUUAGCUGUCGAUGCCAGAUGCAGAUCGCCUCUGUAGGCAGUUCCUUGAAUGAUUCCAUCGCGUUGGAAACCCAACGCUGAGAUUUGUGUAGUGCGAGUUGUGAAUAGUCCCGGAGAGAUUUGGUCCGAAUUGGAGCUGGCGAUGGAGGAUGAUAUAUUCCUUUCUUUCUUCUUUUUUUGACAUCAGAGGAUAUUAUGUUCCUGGUAGUAACGAGGUACCUGGAAUUGUAGUUACUUCGUGUUUAGAUUUCAUAGUUAUACUAAUAUUAUAGAGCAAUCAAGGUAACAACUCAA